AUGGUGCCCCUCAAGGAGGAGUCACCCCUCUCUUAUUCGGCGCCUCCUUGGAGUUGGGCUCCCCCAUCAAUGCCUAGGGCACCGCCUACAUUGCUCAUGGUGUCACCUGUGCCCCCCAAGGCGUCGCCUUUCUCCUUUGGCAUCUCGCCAUUCGCAAGGCUGGCGCCACCCAAGCCUCUGAUGUCACCUAUGCCAGAAUGGCAGCCACCAGCAAUCCCUACUGCUCAUCGCCUAAGACCUUGGUUCACCAAGUUGUCGGAGUAUCACCGUCGGCACAAUGACUUUCCAACCACAGUGAUUAUCAAAUUGAAAGAACAAGCUCUCAAGGUGCAAAUGGAACAGGAGGUUGAAGAAGCUACCACAGUGCAGAAUAAGAAACUUUUUUUAGACGAAGAGGCUAUCGUGGGGAGCAAGCCACCCAGAAAAGAGAUCUGGUAUGGAGAAUCUAUCGGAGUAGGGAAUCAGCCACUGGCAUGUGAGAAAGACGGUAAGGGCCCAAUAUUGUUGGGUAGUAGUUUGGGAAACAGAGGUGAGGAGGCCUUAGGCUUGAGUGAGGAAGGAGAAGCUCAUAGUGUUAAGAUGACCCGCGAAGUUAUUCUAGUUGAAGAAAGGAAGAGUAGGGAACCUCCAAGUGAGAAUUGGUUUGAAGGCAAUAUACAGCAGGUGAAUAGGGAUUUCAGAGAGAGUAUUCAAGAGAAGCAAGAUGAAAGUGAUAUGGAAAGCUCUACUUGCAGAUAUCAAAUCAGCACCGUAAGGGGAACUAUCAAGGAAACAAUUGCUAGUGGGGAGGAAGGGAUAGCUUUGAGAUUGCCUACUAAGCUUAAUCAAAGAGUGAAACGAAGUUAUAAAAGGGGUUCUCAGAAGAAAGGAAGAGUAGGGAACCUCCAAGUGAGAAUUGGUUUGAAGGCAAUAUACAGCAGGGUAAAGAAGCAGAAAGGGAUGGAUGGUGUAGAGCUCUACUUGCAGAUAUCAAAUCAGCACCGUAAGGGGAACUAUCAAGGAAACAAUUGCUAG